UGACGCGGUGGCAUCUGCAUAGGGGCGCAUCAGUGCAAAAUGUAUGCGGAUGGGGGGUUUUGAUGAGUGAGAGUGGUGUAAAGGUUGUAUGUGGUGGGGAAGGUGGGUUGGACACAGUCGGCAUUGUCAACGUCGACACUUCUCAUUAAUCCACUUACUCUCCCUAACCCUCUCUCUCUCUUUCGCUCUCUCUCACUCUCUCUCGCUCUCUCACAGUCUCUUGCGCUCUCUCUCACACUCGCACUCUUGUAUCCUUCGAGCUUACCUCAUUGUCGCUCGCCACAAGACUCUGGCCCUCGUUCUGCUCCAUUCCGCUCCCCAUCCCCUCUCCCUAGCUGCCAGCUUCCUUGGCCGCUACGCCGUCCAGUCCCCGCUGAGUCGUUCUAACAGCGACAGAAUGUCCCGGCUUGAGGCGGACGGCUCGGAUCUCGAGGCCAGCAGUACAGAAGCCAAAGCCGGCCCCCCGCAGUUCCCGAUAAUCAAUCGCUUUGACACAUGCAUUGCAGAGGGAACCUUUGCGCGCAUCUACACCUGUCCCUACACGAAACAGAUUGUGUACAAAGUCUGCAUCAACCCCGGCGCGUCAGAGACCGUGACGCACGAGGCAAAGAUUUGCGACGAACUGCGCAUGUUCACCAUGGACACGAGACAGUGGUCAUUUAGGAGUCCGAACUUGCAUCGCGUCUACAAGCCCACGGUUGCUCAACUGCAUGAGCGUGUUACCUUGGAGAAGAUACUGGGCCCAGCACCCAACCUUCAACUGAAUGACACCCAUCACCCCGCACUCAUUCUUGACCGAAUUCCGCCUGUCCCACUUCCAACUGCCCACUCAUUCUACCAUCAUAUCCUGCGCAGAACCGUUCCUGCUCCCAACAUCCUCUCCAUCCGACUCCUCUUUGGCGUUGUAAGCUGCACCGACACCACUGCUUUGAGCGACGGUCCCCUCGUCGAUGUGCCUCUCGAUGCGGUGCAGUAUACUCAUCUCCCCUUCGUUCCUCCCAUAGAGGACGUUGCGAAAGGGAUGGGACAUAUCCUCGCCCGCAUGCAUUGGGGGGUAGGGAUCGACGCCCGCGGAGUUGAGCUGAUCCUCGGCGGCUGCCAUGAGGACGCCUCUCGACCGCAAUGUUGGGUCCUCGACUUCGACAAAUGCGAGCGGUGGCUCGUAUAUCGCCCACUCGAAUAUCUUCACUGGGUGCAGUUGACGUGCGGUUCAUUUGUGUACGACUCUCUCCCAAGCGGUGCACGACGGCUCGCGAACAUCAUUUCAAGAGAGCCGUUCUAUCCCUUGCCGCGCGAUGUCGAGCUGUACAACCCCUUCAAGAAGGCUUACAUCGACGAGGUUGACAGGCUCCUCGAGAUUGCGCUUAAAAGCUAUGGCCAAGACCGCCUUUUCAAGGCGGUGAAGACGGAUGGCUACUGGACGUGGUUGCCCCACAUCCGGGCAGCGGUGCACGCAUUCUUCGACGAGUUGGAAAAGAUAGACGCCGCCAAUGUCAAACACAGUGCGGAGACGGCUCAGCAAGCUAGUAUUGCACGGAUUUCCCUAUAUUGGCAGGAUAAACAACAGGCCUGUUAGUGCCCACCAGCACUUGCACACGUGAGUUUGUGCUCACGGCGAGCUGCUCCACUAGCGUAGUGACUGAAUGGUGUCGGUUUGUAGAGCGACCACAGGGGAGGAUAGACUUCCAUGUAUCCGCU